GGUUGCUGGCUGCACGAGGAUAGUGUAAAGGAGGGGGCGGAUGUGGAUUUUACGGAGGCGCUGGAGUGGUGUGGGAAGGCGCCGCAUCAUCAGGUUUGUCGCUUUUUGUACCCUUUGUUUUCGAAGGGAGCUGAAAAUGUGGUACGCAGAUUGGGGCACCGGGAACUUACAACGCGGCGUUCGUCUGUCGCAACUGCACAGACCUGACCAAUGCGACUUGCCAGACGGAGUAUCCGACGCAGGAAUAUGGAUAUAUAGAUGUCGGGUGCUGGAAGAAGGGGUCAGAGGUCAAGGGAAACACGACGUGGGUGCAGAUGGUGAAUCCAGGGACCGUGAAUUGCUACAUUUCACCCGAUCAGUUUGAUCCGAAGGAGUGGCAUGGCCUUCCAGCUGGCGAGUGCAAAGAUCAAGCAUGAGCACUUAAGCGACCUUGAUGAUUCCGAGUGGGGGAA